UCAAGUACUGUCUUAAACCUAUAAAAGCAAUCUCAAGAUGCUCAUUUCCAAAUUACAAGCAUGAGAUUAACAAUAACUAGUACGAUUUCCUUGUUGUUUGUGGGCUUGACUUUUGGGGCCCCAAGUGUCAAAAUCAUCAACGGGGAUGAUGUCCUGGACAAUAGCUACCCGUACCAAGUGUCCAUCCAGACUGGACUUUUUGCCAACGAGCACCAAUGCGCUGGGACCAUAAUUAGCCCAUCAUGGGUCGUAACAUCGGCCCAUUGCGUCGGAAUUUCACUUCUGGUCUCGCGAGUCGUCGCUGGGACCUUCAAUCUUAGCGAUAUUGACAACAACCCAAACGUACAAAUCCGAAAAAUCGACUUGUACAACGUUAUCAAACACCCCGACUAUAAUGAUAUUUCCAACGACGUUGCUUUGCUGAAAAUGACCCAACCGUUCGAGUUCAAUGACUACGUCAAACCGCUCCAAAUUUCCAAAGUCCGGUGUAUUGCCGAAGACGAAAUGACUGUUUUCACAGGCUGGGGGGCUAAAAAUGACCAAAACCACUUCAACUCGGUCUUACAAGCCGCAAAUAUGUCAGUGAUCCCGUUUGAAGAUUGUUUUAGAUCAUUUAAUAAUGUUUACGGUGACAAUAUUGUGAUUAAAAAAGAAAUGCAUUUUUGUAUCACUGGAAAGGCAGCCCCGUGUUAUUUGGACGCAGGGGGCCCUCUUGUGCAAGACGGAAGACUGAUAGGGCUCCUGACCUGGAUCCCAGCCAUGUGUUCCGAUAACUCAGUCCCAGCGAUUUUUACGAGCACCGGAUACUUUAAGAAUUUUAUCAAGUCUUAUGUUACUGAUCUUUAUUAAUUGUUGUACUGUGAUUAAUUUAUUUUUUGUAUUUUUUUAUAAUAAAUUUGAGUGGGUACACACCAUUUCAAUUAAAACCUCAA